GCUCCCCCCCCCCCCCCCCUCCUCCUCCUCCAGCCGCUUCUCCUGCGCCUUCUCCUCCCCGCUCCUCGCUGAGUCAUCGACUAGAUCGGCGUCCAUGUUCAGCAGCGGCGGCGGCAUCUUCAGCGGAGGAGGCGGGUGGUCGUGGCGGCGGCAUCUUCAGCGGCGUCACCGGACUCCCGUCGCUGACGUCGGCCUCACCCAGAAGAGGUCUUGUCCGCCCAUGCCGCCAAGGAGGGGGAGCAGCCGUGCCCGGAGGAGGUCGUCCCCAACUCCUGCAUCUAGUCGUCGACCUUACCAACACUGCAGUCGCCGCUGCUGGUCGAGAUCGCCCAGGUUGACAACGGCCCCGCCGGACUGCAUGUCAUCCUGCCCGACAUGGUAUUUGGCAAUAUUGGCUCUUGGGCUGCCCAAUUGAUCACUAAAGCUGGUGGCAAGGUGGUCUCCAUCAGAGAUGUCACAGGGGCUGUCAAGAACUCCAAUGGCAUUGACAUAGCCAAGCUGAAGAAGCACUCGGCAGAGAACCGCGGGAUCAAGGGCUUUGACGGAGGCGACGCCGUCGACCCGACCUCGCUGCUCACGGAAGAGUGUGACGUGCUCAUCCCGGCAGCUCUGGGAGGAGUCAUAAACAAGGACAAUGCUGAUGCCAUCAAAGCAAAGUACAUCAUCGAGGCUGUUAACCACCCAACAGACACCGAGGUCGACGAGAUUCUAGCAAAGAAGGGCGUGCUGAUCCUACCGGACAUCAUGGCCAACUCCGGCGGAGUGAUGGUGAGCUGCUUCGAGUGGGUGCAGAACAUCCAGGGGUUCAUGUGGGACGAGGAGAAGGUGAAUCGGGAGCUCAAGACAUACAUGACCCACGCCUCAAACAUAGUUCUGAAUAUUUAGGCAAUGUAUGGCACUGUAGAAAAUGGACAGUAGUUAUGUAAAGUAUAUCUUCGAAAACCAGAAUUGGCUCAAUUUGGAAGAAUGCCUACUUCAUA